CAUAAAACGCCACCUUCCACAGCCCCUCUCUCUCUCUCUCUGCAAGAAAUUUAACCCUCCGCCGUACGUCGUCGUCUUAAAUAUCGCCAACAACCCUCCUCCCUAUCUACACCGUCCUCCUCCUCCUCCUCCUCCGAACUGUACGGAAACCUUAUCUUUUUCAUUUAUUGGCGGAUUAGUGGUCUGAAAUCCAUAGCCCACGUUCACCUUCUAGCUACUUCUUCGAGCAUUGUAGGUUUCCCGGUGGUUGUUGUGUGUUUAACAUAUUUGAAGGAUAAUGUUAGAGUUUCCGAGGGAUCAGUCAGAAGGUUUAGGAGAAGAAACGGUUUCCGAAGCGGUGAAUUCAAGUCAAAGCUCGAUGAGUAGUGAUAGUUGUACUAGUUUUAGUCGUUUGUCAUUUGAUGCGUUGGAGCUUCUUCCACCAACACGACCGCUGUACUCUCCGGAAAAUAUGAUAAUGAAGCCGCAUAGGUCUUCGGAGUCGUCGUGGCAAGCGAUUCGGACGGUGGCGUUGAAGAGGAGUAGUAGUGAAGGAUUUGGUGGCGUCGAUGGAGGAAGCAGUUUGAAUUUUAGAGACUUUAGUCUUGUUCGUCAGAUCGGAAGUGGUGACAUCGGGAAAGUGUACCUGUGUCGGUUGAGAAACGAAGAUGUAGAAGAAAGCCGGUGCUAUUUCGCCAUGAAGGUGGUGGAUAGGGAAGUGUUAGCUCUGAAGAAGAAGAUCCAGAGAGCAGCAACUGAGAAGAAAAUCUUAAACAUGCUUGAUCAUCCGUUCUUACCGUCUCUCUACGCUCAGUUUGAAGCUUCUCAUUUCUCAUGCGUCGUCAUGGAAUACUGUUCCGGCGGCGAUUUGCAUUCCCUCCGCCAUAAACAACCGCGCAAACGGUUCUCUCUCUCAGCCGCAAGGUUUUAUGCUGCUGAGGUUUUGGUAGCUCUAGAGUAUCUGCACAUGCUCGGAAUCAUCUACAGAGACCUAAAGCCUGAAAAUGUGUUGGUCAGAUCAGAUGGUCACAUCAUGCUCACUGAUUUUGACCUCUCUCUAUGCUCUGACGCAAUCCCUGCCGUUCAAUCUCAAUCACUUUCUUCAUCACCGGAUCCACCUUCUUCCUCGCCGGCGGUUUCACGUCCGUCGUCUCAUCCUUUCUCUUGUUUACCUAGUCAACUCUUCCGAUCGAAGAAAAUCCAGUCCUUCUCCUCCACCAAACGCUUGUUCGUGGCGGAACCGGUGGACGCUAGAUCCUGUUCCUUCGUCGGCACUCACGAGUACGUCGCUCCGGAAGUCGCUUCCGGCCAGUCCCACGGCAAUGCCGUCGACUGGUGGGCGCUCGGGAUCUUCAUCUACGAAAUGGUCUACGGUUGUACGCCGUUUGCGGGUGUAACAAACGAAGCUACGCUGCGUAGCAUCGUGAAAAAGCCUCUCCAGUUUCCAACUGUCUCGCCGAUUUCUUCGCGCGAAACCCAAGCGCGUGACCUGAUAUCCAGAUUGCUGGAUAAGAAUCCGGAAAGCCGAUUCGGGUCGAAACGUGGUGCGGCUGAUAUCAAGACCCAUCCGUUUUUUAACGGGUUGAACUUUGCACUUAUCCGGUCAGCGACACCACCGGUGAUCCCAAGACAAAAGACGGCCGCAACGUCGACGAGGUACUUUGGUGGGCCAACGUCGUCGUUUGAUUUCUUCUGAAUAGAUUUUUAGGUGAAAUUACUUAUGAGGACAUGUAAAUAUACGUAUAACUUUCUAUAAAUACAAUAGGUCUAGCUCUAUUUUUGGUAAUCAAGAAUGGAUUGUAUCCUCCCU